UAUGGGUACUGCAGGGAUCGGAUUAAAGAGCAUUGCUAGAAAUAUCCGGAAGGAAAGCUAGCGCUAAUAGACAACAGUGUGUGAAACAGAGGUAAUAUAACAUAACGAUGAGUGGGGCUGUGAAUUUUAGAAACUGUGGCUCUGUGCUGAUAACAGGAGCAAACCGCGGACUCGGGCUGCAGAUGGUCGAAAGUUUGGCGAGUGGAGGUUUCUCACCGGGGAAAAUUAUAGCCACGACAAGAAACCUCACCGGUGCGCAGAAACUUCAGGAACUGGCCCAGAAAUACUCCAACGUCCACAUUGUAACUUUGGACGCAGUGAAUCAGGAGAGCAUAGAGAAAUGUGCUGAGGAGGUUGGCCAGCUGGUGAAGGAAGAGGGCCUGAACUGCCUGAUGAACAAUGCAGGGAUCAACGUGGUGGCCGACCUCCACUCUGUCACGGCAGAGAAAAUGAUGGAGAACUUCCRCACCAACGCCGUCGCUCCUCUGAUGAUAACGAAGGCAUUCCUGCCUUUGUUACAGCGGGCUGCGAGCAGAGGAGCAUCAAGAGCAAUGGGGAUCCAGAGAGCAGUCGUUAUUAACGUGACGUCUCUGCUGGGUUCUGUGGAGCUUAACUGGGGUGAGGGAGCCAACACCGCCAGAUGGUACCCUUACAGAACAUCCAAGAGUGCUCUGAACAUGGUUAGUCGCUGUCUGGCCAUAGACCUGGAGCCUGAUGGGAUCCUCUGCACGGCGAUACAUCCUGGCUGGGUUCGCACAGACAUGGGAGGCUCUGAGGCGCCUCUGAGUCCCGAGGAGAGCGUUGCAUCGGUUUUGUCUGUGAUCGGUGGGCUGACUGAAAAGGACCACGGGUCAUUUCUGAACUUUACGGGAGAGAAGUUGCCAUGGUGACCUGUUGACCAGCAUGUCAACAAGCAGGAUGAUUAUAACAACAUCAACCAAAUUGUAACAACAGUGUGAAUUUAUCUUAAUAAGUGUGCUCCAGAGGCAGCGAGUUGCCAGAAAUCGCUUCUCGGCCGAGCCUACGACAGAUUAGGUGGGAAGUCUGUCUCUAAGUUCCACUUUUGCUUCAACAAACCUUUGAUUUAUAUAAACAUAUAUGUUUAUCUGAUAUAAUUUGGUUGUCACUUCAUGACCAAAAAGACUCAAAUUCUUUUUAAUCAACAAAUGUGGAGGGCAGGGAAGCACUGCCCUACAUAAUCCUUUGUCAAUGAAAGUGUUUAUCAAUUAAUUGAUUUAUUCUUUAAGAAGAUAAAAUAUUUUUCUCAAA